UACUUGUGCCUUGCCAUUUACUGCUUCCUCAGGUGGGCUGGGGUGACCCAGGGGUGCUCCAUCGCACUCACCAGGCAGGGCUAGAGGCAUGCUUGGGUGGGCACCAGCAUCCAACCCUUCCUCGUCAGCCUUUGUAGUGUUUUGGUGUGUCCCUGUGAGCACGAGCACCUCCGGGAUGUGUUUCUGCUGAGAACCCUCCGUGGUUGGGAGUGGGACCACAGCCUGCCCAAGCUCCUGCCAGGGGGAUGAGUGCGGGGACAGCCGGGUCACUGCGCCAAAGGUGAUGUCCUACCCUGCCAAAAACGGGUGUCACCCAUGGCUGACCCACAGGACCUCAGGAGGGAUGACGAGUGCAGUGACACGAUGUGACAUUUCCACCCCCAGCUGCAAAGCACCGCUUGGCUCUCAGCUCCUUGUCGUGCCCGGCUGCUCCUUCUCUCGGGCAAAGCGACCCUGCAGCCCCCACUCACCUCGGGGCUGCUCGAACCUUGCAGAGCCUCUCUCCUCUCCAAAGGGUCGGGAUGAGCCCGAGGCUGCGGGAGCAGCACCCGGCGCUCCCCGGCGGGGCUCGGAAGGGCGCAGGGGGUCGGCCCGGGGCGCUGGGCUGUCGGCUGGGCGCCAGCACCGCUCUCAUGCUUCCUUCUUGUCUGCAGGCUGGCUCAGGUGCUCCGAUCACCUGCUGCUUGCGGGAACAGGAAAGCAGCAACUGAAGAUCGAGGGGGACUUUUGGUUUACUCAGAUGACAAGAGACAAUUUUGGUUCCCCAAAAGCCAAGGAAACAAAGCUGUCAGGCUUUAAUGGUAGCUUGUCUCCCUCCUGCAGCAUGUUUAUGGGCAAACAAGCUGCAGAUCAGACCAGGCAAACAGCAGCAGUGCCCAUCCCCUCGAAGGCCAACGGCACCACCAUCUCCACCCUGGCCAUGAACAAGGACGGCCUGAUCGGAGGGGUCACGAAUCCCAACGAGGUUUUCUGCUCCGUGCCCGGCCGCCUCUCUCUGCUCAGCUCCACCUCCAAGUACAAGGUGACGGUCGGGGAGGUGCAGAGGAGGCUCUCACCCCCCGAGUGUCUCAAUGCCUCUCUCCUCGGCGGGGUUCUUCGCAGAGCCAAAUCAAAAAAUGGGGGUCGGUGUUUAAGGGAAAGGUUAGAGAAAAUUGGACUAAAUCUACCUGCAGGAAGGCGCAAGGCUGCCAACGUCACCCUGCUCACAUCCCUCGUGGAAGGUGAAGCCAUUCACCUGGCUCGGGACUUCGGCUACGUCUGCGAAACGGAGUUCCCGGCCAAGGCGGCGGCAGAGUACCUGUGCCGGCAGCACUCCGACCCCACGGAGCUCCACACCAGGAAAAACAUGCUGCUGGCUACCAAGCAAAUUUGCAAGGAGUUUGCAGACCUGAUAGCCCAGGACCGCUCUCCGCUGGGGAACAGCCGCCCGUCGCUCAUCCUGGAGCCCGGAGUGCAGAGCUGUUUGACUCAUUUCAGCCUGAUAACCCACGGCUUCGGGGGCCCGGCCAUCUGUGCCGCCCUCACCGCCUUCCAGAACUACCUGGUAGAGUCCCUCAAGGGGCUGGAUAAAAUAUUCAUGAACAGCACAGGGAACGGGCACACGGCCGGGGACUCCAAAGCGUCAGACAAAGAGGUGAAGCAUCGGAAAUAACAGCGCUGCCUCCCCCGGUGGGAGCUUCCCCCGGGCACCAGCCGUGGCUCCAGGGGGAGAGAUGACCCAGUGCACUGUUUUCUGAAUUGCUGAGCUUGAACCUGUGAGGAAACUCGCAAAGCAAACAAAGGAAAGACAGGAAAAAAGAAGACUUAAAGAACUGAAGAAGAAAACAGUGCUAAUGAACGUAGUGAGGUUGAGAGAAGCCAGGCUGCUGGUUUUGGGGUUUUGCCUUUUUGUUUCUGUAACGUGGAUGCAGGAAGCCAAGUCAUGUGCAAUUUGAUUUUAUUUUGCUUUUUCAAAAACCCAUAGUGAAGUGCUCCAGGAAUUUGUUCCAACUGAAAAACUGAGAGGAAAGAGCAAAAGCCUCAUCAGUGCAAGACCCAGAGCAGGCUCUACCUGGAUUUAUCUGCUGGUUUUGAGGCAAACACACAGGAAACCUUCCCAUUCCCCACCCACAGCCCAGCCCUGAUGCCAGGCCGAGGAAAAUUGCUGGCAGAACUGCUGUGGAUUUAAAGCAGGUCCAGGCUUUGUUUACAGCUUCAAAUUGAGACUGGCUGUGGAUUUUCCCGUGGGCUGAGGAGCCCCAAGCCACGGCACGAGGGAGGAACAAACCCACAGCCGAUGGGUCCCAGGGCAGGAUCGAGGGGAGUCCCCCUGACUGCUCCCCUCCCCGCUGGGGACAAGGCAGGUGAAGUUAAACCCAGGACUAAAUAAAACUCCACAACCUACAGAUAACAGCACACAGGUUUCUAAAAUUAGUAAUAAUAAUAAAUAAAGCACAAGGAGCAGAACUUGAACCAGGCCAAACUGAACUGUUCUAAAUCUGUAUAUAUUUAUUUAUGUGUAAUUAAAAUCUGAAAGUUUUAAAAUGUCCAGUGCAAGUUAUUUAUAUCAAAUUGAGUUGGGUUUUUUGUUUUGCCUUUUGUUUGUUUGUUUGUUUGUUUUGGGUUGGGUAUUUUUCUUUUGAAAGAUGAAAAUCUUUGGAUUUUCUGCCAUUAGAAAUGGGAAUGAAGUUUUGGAUCCACCAAACUGUAGCAUGGACAAGCUAGGCUGUGAUGACGAUGACUCUAGAAGUUCUGCAGGAUUUUGUACUUGCUGUUGUUUCUCUUAAUGCUGCAAUAGA